UCCGCGGCCAAAGACUCCGGGGCGGUGGUGACGUGCGUCGUCAUCGUGCUCUCCGUCUUGGUCUGCUGCCUGCCCCUGGGCAUCUCCUUGGUGCAGGACGUGCUGUCCAGCAGCGGUGGCUUUGUGCUCUACCAGUUCGAGCUGUGUGGAUUUACCCUUAUUUUUUUCAAAUCUGGAUUAAAUCCCUUUAUAUAUUCCCGAAACAGUGCUGGGCUUCGGAGACGCGUCCUCUGGUGCCUGCAGUACGAAGCCCUCGUCUUUUUCUGCUGCAAGCAGAAGACGAGGCUUCGCGCCAUGGGUAAGGGCAGCCUGGAAGUCAACAGGAACAAGUCCUCCCACCAUGAGACCAAUUCUGCGUACGUGUUGUCUCCCAAACCCCAGAAAAAGUUUGUGGACCAAGCCUGUGGUCCCAGUCACUCCAAGGAAAGCGUGCUGAGUCCCAAGGCUUCCCUCGGGCAUCAGCACUACGCACAGAGCAGCUCCACCCCCAUGAACACCCGAAUCGAGCCCUAUUACAGUAUCUAUAACAGCAGCCCCUCCCAGGAAGCGAGCACCCCAAACAGCUUACAGCCGGUCAACUCGACUUUUGGCUUUGCCAAAUCCUACAUUGCCAUGCACUACCGCACCACCAACGACGUGGCGCGAGACUGCGACAGCGCUUCGGCCAAGCAGAUCCCGGUGCCCUCGGUGUAA